AUGUCAAAUCUGAUACCAAUUAUGAUAUCCAUUUGUAUGAUGGGAUUCAAAAAUAAAAAUGUUUCUGAUUAUAUCAAGAUACUCCAACUACAAAACCAUGACUCACACUGGUUUUUCAAAAUUGUUUUCACCCAAGUUUCAAUUUAUGUAAGUUUGUUUUUUACCAUGCUUGUCAUAUGUGGACUAUUGAUAAAAGAACAAAUUCCUAAGAAAUUGGUGCUCAUUGGCUCAAUCGUACAAGUACUUUUAUGUAUUGUAUCUUCAUAUUUUCUAUUGCAAUUUCAUAAAGAUAUGGGCAAGUUUGAACUAGUCUUAUGUUCGUCAGCAUUCGGAUUUAAUGGCUUGUUGUUUACAAUUGAUGCUAUAAUAAUGUUUCAACAAAUUGUKUUUUCACGUCCACGGUAAAUUUUAAUCCCAGUAUUAUCCUAUAUUUUUAUUAUUUAUGUAUACCAUAUUAUUAUCAUACAUUAUACCUA